AUGAAGAUGAUGUUGUGCCUGAGGUGUGUUGCAGGGGUCAUACUUCUCAACAUAGCAGGCUCACUCUGUCAGUUAAAUGUGUGCGGCAAAGCCCCCCUGAACCACAAAAAGAUUGUUGGAGGGCAAAAUGCACGUGAGGGGUCUUGGCCUUGGCAGGCCAGCAUUCACACCAUUAUACCUAGAGAAUACAUCUGUGGUGGGACUCUAGUAAAUGCACAAUGGGUUUUGUCCGCAGCUCACUGCUUCGAAGGGUUCUCUGGAGGGAACAUCAGAAUAUACCUGGGACGUCAUAGACAAACAGGCUUAAACCGAAAUGAAGUAUCUAGAACAGUAAUGCGACUCAUCAUCCAUCAUGAUUAUGAUGAAGAUAGCAAAAACAACGACAUAGCACUGCUCCAGCUCUCUUCUACUGUAACGUUCUCUGAUUAUAUUAAGCCAGUCUGUCUGGCAUCUGCUAGUAGUGAAUUUAAUGCGGGCACUAAGACCUGGGUCACUGGUUGGGGCUCGCUUAAUUUUGGAAGUAGUGAGACUGCAAACAUACUGCAAGAGGUACAGAUACCAGUCGUCAGCAACAGUGUUUGUCAAUCUGCCUACGGAAGCAUCAUUACAAGCAACAUGCUGUGCGCUGGAUUAAAGGAGGGUGGGAAAGACUCGUGUUUGGGAGAUUCUGGAGGUCCACUGGUCGUCAAGAAACUUUCUCGGUGGAUUCAGGCUGGCAUUGUGAGUUUUGGUCACAAAUGCGCACUACCCAACUUUCCUGGUGUGUACACCAGAGUUUCCAAAUACCAGGGCUGGAUCAACUCUCAUAUAAUCGGCGAUAAGCCUGGAUUUGUGUCCAGCUCCAUCCGAGGCUCACCCAAUCUCCUCUUGUUUUCCCUUUCACUUACUGUAUCCAGUAUUCCUCUUAUUUUUUCCCUUUAUCUCUUUACUUAAAAAAUGAGUCAUAAUUGUUAUCAAAGGAGUUAUCAAGAUGCCCGCAAAGUGAACUGACUUGCUUAAAAUGGACUUUGAUAUGAGUCUAUAGAAUUUUACUUUCACAAUUGCACAAUAAAACAUCUUUAUAAUUUCUCUUUGAAGUAAGUAGUAAAUGAGAAUUGUAAGAACUUGAUGAAAUAAAGCAACUGAGCAUACUCCACUUUCAGUCACUUAUAUAUUUGCUUUGUAUUGGGGGUUAACAAUUUAUGUUAUAAAAUUAUAUUAAAACCUUUACUUGAUUGAAUUUUAUAUUAGUAGAAUACAUUUAAAAGCUGUCUUACAUUAUUCUGUGACUACCUCUUGCCACUAUCUGGGAGGCAGUCCAGAGAGAAGAUUAGUUUAGUUAGUUUACAGAUAACCUCAAAAUAACAACUUAUUCUGUGAACCUAACCUGUUUAAGGGUUACUUUACUUUAGAAGUAUUCAGCCCUAUUGAUGAGGCUCCAGCAGAUAUGACAGAUUUAGUCACUGCUGGAAAGGGUUCAAAUAUGCAAAGAUGCUGGAAAACUGAAGAAUCUGCAGGACCUUAAAGAUUUUUCUGAAGAACGCUGCUCAGUUUAACUGUUCAGAACAAACAAGGGACUCAUGCACAACCAUCACAAAACAGAAAGACAGUCGAGGAUCAUCAGGAAACAGAACACAGUAUUAAGAACCAAGGGUUCCCAAACUUUUGAGUGGAGUUAUUUUAAUAAUUUCAGCAUUUUUUUUUGUCUUGUGGACUAAAUGUUAAUAUCUUUUAUGUACAAUAUCUUACUCAGGACAGUACUAAAUAAAAAAUAACAUGCAUUUAGUAUGAUCUCUCCUAUUUUUUGAAAAUUACUCAUAUUUUCACAGAUUCUGCAAGGG